AUGAGUAUAUGGAAGAGGGCCGCCGCUGCUAUCAAAGACAAGAAAAGCCUAAUCGUCGCCUAUUUUUCUACGAGAAGUUCCCACAGGGAUCUUGAUUUCGAGGCUGCCAUUAUCAAGGCCACAAGUCAUGAUGAAUACGCCAUCGGUAAAAGCCAUGCGCAGAUGGUUUUCUGGUGUAUUCGAGCUUCUCCGAACAACAUAUGUCCUCUCAUUCGGGUUUUGUCUAAAAGGAUGGAGAAGACACGGAGUUGGGUGGUUGCCAUCAAAGGUUUGAUGCUCAUGCAUGAUCUUAUUCAUUGUAAGAUCCCGGCCAUUAAAAAUAUGGACGGUUUGCCGUUCGAUUUGUCGAGUUUCGGAGACGGACAUUCGAGUUUAAGCAAAACAUGGGGUUUCAAUAUUUUUAUUCGUCAGUACUUUGCGUUUCUUGAUGAAAGAUGUGGCAUUUGGCUCGAGGAAGAAAACGAAACUGCAAAGGAUAGCCCAUUGAUGGUUCAGCAGCUUUCAAAGCUUCGAAAAUUGCAGCUUUUGCUCGAUAUGUUGCUUAAAAUUAGGCCUCCAGCCGAUAAAAUGAAGGUUUGCUUAAUUCUCGAAGCCAUGGAUUGUGUUGUCAUCGAGAUCUUUGACAUUUAUGGUAGGAUAUGCAGUGAGAUUGCAGAGGUCUUAUUAGAAGUACAAUCCGUAGGUAAACUUCAAGCAUCAAUGGCGCUCGAGAUUCUUCGAAAGGUAACGAUACAAGGCGAAGAACUCUCUCGAUAUUUCGAAUUUUGCAAGGAAUACGGUGUUUUAAAAGCCAACAAAGUUGUCACGAUUACAGCGAUUCCAGAGGAAGACUUCGAGAUG